CCAGUCUCAGGCGCUGGAGGAGGAGGAAGUUCCCAGGAUCUCCCCCUCUCCAGGAGCUCCUCCGCCCCCAAAGAAAUGGCCCCAGGUCCGGGAAGGCUGGGAAGUUAGACCCCCGGCCCUUCCUUCUGGCGGAGGUUCAUCAGAGUGGGAGGCUACACAUUCCUGGAUGGAGUGGCUUAGUGGUCUGUCCUAGACAUCUGCAAAAGGAGCAGGCUCCAUCUUAGGCAAAUUUUGCAGACCUAUACAGUAUCAGGAUUCUUGACUGCUGUAGAAAGUGGUGGAAUUUCAGAAAGUGAAAAAAUGCUUGUGUUGGUCCAUCUUCCACCUUUAUAGAACAGUUAAUGGUAUUUGAAGAAAACCUGGAGCCUCUUCUUAGCUCUGAAGUCCAAAGAUCAUUGCAUGACUCAUUACAGGUAUUGCACAGAAAUGGCUGUAUGGAUUUGGACACUGAGCAUUCUGAGCUAUUCUUGUAUUACCUGUGGAUUAAGGCCUAAGAACUGGGAUUCAUUCCAGAGUAAGACAGAACUGAGCCACCUAACAGUGAAUCAUGAAACAGGGACAGUUUACUUGGGAGCAGUAAAUGCCCUGUAUCAACUAACAAAAGACCUGAAACUCUAUCCUUCAAUUGAGGAAGUAUCAACGGGACCACAUUUGGAUAACAAAAAGUGCACACCUCCUAUUGAUGAAAACCAGUGCACCGAAGCAAAAAUGACUGACAAUUACAACAAGAUACUUUUGCUGGAUAUGCAGGAGAGAAAAAUUGUGGUUUGUGGGAGCCUCUUUAAGGGCAUAUGUUCCAUCAGAGAACUUGAGAACAUUUCGAACAGAACUUACUAUGAGAAUGGCAGUGGAGAAAAAUCAUUUGUUGCCAGUAAUGAUGAGAAUGUAAUCACAGUGGGGUUGAUCACAUCUUUGAAAAAAGGUAGAAUGAUGUUUGUGGGGAAAGGAAAUGGACUAAAUGACAACGGAGUAAUAAUAAGCACCCGACAGCUUUUUAAUGGAGAUGGUAGAGAGAUUUUUGAACUGUAUGCAGAUCCUGCUGCUAUUAAAUCAGCAUAUCCAUCCGCAAGCUCACAACAGUUUCUCUAUGUCUUUGAAAACAAUCAAUUUGUAUAUUUUAUUUUCAAUCAGAAUAAUAAUCCAGGCACUGUCAACCGGACACUAAUUGGGCGUCUCUGCAAGGAAGAUGAAUAUUAUCAUUCCUAUUUUGAAAUGGACUUAGGAUGUCAGGAUGACAGUGGACCUUACAACCAAAGUAAUGCCAUCUAUGCCUCCAUACCCGGACAGAUUCCAGUGGGUAAAAUAGGAAAAAAUAAUGAAAUCUCAUCAGAGGAUACAAUGCUUAUUGGACUCUUCAGGAGAAUGGAGAAAGAAUCCUUGGAAUGUGCCAUGUGUGUAUUUUCCUUGAAGGAGAUCAAUGAAAAAAUGGAAGAAAACAGGGAAAGGUGUUAUAUGAAAGAUGAACGGGAUGUGUUUUACAAACCAUUUAGAACGGAACAGCCCCCAUGUACUACUCCAUCUCACCAGAAUUCAAGCAAAACUUUUCCAUGUGGUUCUGAACAUUUACCAUACCCUUUGGGGAGUAAAGAGGGGAUUUCUGCAGAACCGCUAUUGAAAAAGGAUGGCAUAAAUUUGACUGCAGUUACCUUUACAGUAGAGAAUGGGAAGACUGUAGUAUUUGUUGGAACCUCUGAUGGCAGAAUUCUGAAGGUAGCUUUGUCUAAUCCUGCAAAGGAAUAUGCUAGUAUUCUCAUUGAAAAAAACAAGCCUAUUCAGAGAGAUCUCGUUCUUGAUGCUACCCAUGAGAACUUGUAUGUGAUGACCACAAACAAGGUCUUUCGCUUGCCUGUCCAAGAAUGUGCCAGUUACUCAACUUGUAAUCUGUGCAUCCAAUCCCGAGAUCCUUACUGUGGCUGGUGUGUGACAGAAGGAAAAUGCACCAGGAAAAAAGACUGUGAAAGAUCAGCUCAGGCUAAUCACUGGCUCUGGAGCCCAGAUGGCAUUUGUUUGAAUAUUACAAGUGCUAACCCUCAAAAUAUGAGCCGAAGAGCCUCAGGCAAGGUGGAAUUGACCGUAACUCCUCUACCAGAUUUGAAUGAAGAUGACCAGCUUUCAUGUCGUUUUGGUGAAAUGAUCCACCAGGCAGAGUUACAAGGAGAGGCUAUUAUUUGUCACCCUCCUCACGAAAUCCCUCCAACAACAAAAGGACAAGAUUAUGUCUUGGUUCCUCUGGAUCUCACCUUUGGUGAUAAUAUAUUUUUUGCAUCGGGUACAUAUCCUUUUUAUGACUGUGGAGAAGCAAUACAUCGUAUUGAAAAUGAACCGUGCUAUUCUUGUGCAAGCAGUAAAUGGAAUUGCCAAUGGGACAGGGAGAACCAUAUCUGUGAAGACGCAUCUCCAGAUGAAAAUGCAAUUAAACAAAACAUGGCAGACGAAUGUCCACACUUUCUAAAUCCCAACCCUGAAAUAAUACCAAUGGAAGUCUCAACAAAAGUAUUUUUUCAAGGAAAGAAUCUGGAUCAUUAUAAGGGUAGCCAUUUCAUAAUUGGAAAUGACCUGUUUGAGACUGCAGUGGAAAAAGCACUUGAUGGAACGUUCUACUUUCAAAGCCCAGCGAUUUCCAGUGCUGCAAAUGAAACUGUACCACUUAGUUUAUUCAUUAAAAUCAAUAAAGUCAAGAUUGACAGCAAACUGAUUGUGACAUUAUACAGCUGCUCCUAUGGUCGGGAUGAUUGCAGCUUGUGUCUUGCGGCUGAUUCUAAAUAUGAAUGUGUCUGGUGUAAUGAUGGAAAUAGCUGUGUUUAUAAAAACCAGUGUUUAAAUUCUACUGAAAUCUGCCCUCCUCCAGUCAUUACUCAGAUUGAACCAAAAAAUGGACCACUAAGUGGUGGAAUUUUAUUAACCAUAAUGGGAUCUAAUUUGGGCAUCAGAGCAACAGAUGUUAAAGAGAUAACAGUGGCAGAUACUGAAUGUAUCUUUAAAGAAGAAUUCUACUCUGUUUCUACCAAGGUUGUCUGUGAGGUGGGAAGUGUGCCAGAAAAAAAAGAGGGUAAAAUUAAAGUUGAUAUAAAUGGAAAAGAAGGCACAUCAACAGAAGAAGUGCAGUUUACAUAUCAGGACCCUGAACCUACAGGAAUAUAUCCCCAAAAAGGUCCCCAAGCUGGAGGAACUGUCCUGACCGUCAGUGGCACAAACUUGGACACUGGCUCUAUUCAAGAUGUUAAAGUUUACCUUGACCAUGAACCCUGUAAAGUCAUCAAAUUUGGGCAAGAAAUAGUUUGUGUUACUGGUCCGAAUAACAAAGAAGGACCUGUUUCUGUAAUAGUAUGGCAUGGAGGUACACAGAAAACCAUAACAAAUGAAAGGUUUACUUACACUGAAAACCCUACAGUUACAAAGAUCACCCCUGAAGCCAGCAUUCGCAGUGGUGGACGUAAUAUUACUGUAGUUGGAGCUGGUUUUGAUAUAAUUCAGAAUUUCUUUGUGGAAGUUGUAUUUAAGACAUCUUCUAAAAGAAGGAAGAGAGAGAUAGAAGAGCUGCAAAAGUUUGAAGGAAAAACUAUAUCAAAAAUCAAUGACACUGCAAUAGUCUUCUUAACUCCACCAGUACUGGAGGAUCCAGAAAACUAUAGAAUUACUAUACUUAUUAAAAUGGAUGGUCAUGAGGUGGAAAGGGACUUCCAAUAUGUUGCUGAUCCAACCUUUGAAAACUUCACUGAUGGUAUCAAAAAGGAGGUCAAUAAACUUAUUCAUGCAAAGGGUAGUAAUCUGAACAAAGCUAUGACAAUGGAUGAGGCUCGUGCAUUUGUGGGGGAGGAACCCUGCAACAUAACAACCCUGACUGAGAAGGAUUUAUACUGUGAACCACCUGAAGAGCAGCCCCCACCCAAACGAAGACAGAAGAGAGAUACAGUUAAUAACCUGCCAGAAUUCAUUGUGAAAUUUGGCUUCAAAGAAUGGGUCCUUGGAAGAGUGGAGUAUACCCAAGUGAGUGAUGCACCACUGGGCCUGAUCUUACCGUUGGUAAUUAUUCCUAUGGUGGCCUUUAUCUUCAUCUCAGUCUAUUGCUACAGACGGAAAAGCCAACAAGCAGAACGAGAAUAUGAAAAAAUUAAAUCACAACUUGAAGGCUUGGAGGAAAGCGUCAGAGAUCGGUGCAAAAAGGAAUUUACAGAUCUAAUGAUAGAAAUGGAAGAUCAGACGAAUGAUAUCAAUGAAGCCAGAAUUCCUGUGUUGGACUACAAAACCUAUACAGACAGAGUCUUCUUUCUUCCAUCCAAAGAUGGAGAAAAAGAUGUAAUGAUCACUGGGAAAUUGGACAUUCCUGAAGCUAGGCGGCCAACCGUGGAACAGGCAUUGAAUCAAUUCUCCAAUCUGCUUAAUAGUAAAUCAUUUCUCAUUACUUUCAUUCACACGUUGGAAAACCAAAGGGAAUUUUCUGCCCGUGCAAAAGUAUAUUUUGCGUCUCUCUUGACUGUGGCUUUGCAUGGGAAACUAGAAUACUAUACUGACAUCAUGAGGACAUUGUUUUUGGAGCUGAUGGAGCAGUAUGUUGUGGCCAAAAAUCCUAAACUGAUGCUCCGAAGAUCAGAAACUGUGGUGGAAAGGAUGCUUUCCAAUUGGAUGUCAAUUUGUCUGUAUCAGUACCUCAAGGACAAUGCUGGAGAGCCCCUGUAUAAGUUGUUCAAAGCUAUCAAACAUCAGGUGGAAAAAGGACCUGUGGAUGCUGUGCAAAUGAAAGCCAAAUACACACUAAAUGACACUGGACUGUUGGGAGAUGAUGUAGAAUAUUCACAGCUGACUGUAAAUGUGAUUGUACAAGAUGAAGGCACAGAAUCUGUACCAGUGAAAGUGCUCAACUGUGAUACUAUUUCUCAAGUCAAGGAAAAAAUCAUCGACCAAGUAUAUCGAAAUCUGCCUUAUUCACAAUGGCCAAAGCCUGACAGUGUAGUUCUCGAGUGGCGUCCAGGUUCUACUGCACAGAUACUCUCAGACUUGGAUUUAACAUCCCAAAGAGACGGCAGGUGGAAACGCAUCAAUACCCUGAUGCACUACAAUGUGCGAGAUGGUGCUACUCUCAUCCUGUCGAAAAUGGGGGUCUCCCAACAACCAGAGGAUCACCAACAAGACAUGCCAGGGGAAAGGCAUGCAUUGUUAGAAGAGGAAAAUAAGAUCUGGCACCUAGUUCGGCCAGUAGAUGAAGUUGACGAAGGUAAAUCAAAAAGAGGGAGUAUGAAAGAGAAAGAAAGAACCAAAGCUAUUACAGAAAUCUACCUGACAAGACUCCUCUCUGUGAAGGGCACACUUCAGCAGUUUGUAGAUAACUUUUUUCACAGUGUACUUGACUCAAACCACGUUGUGCCACCAGCUGUGAAGUACUUCUUUGAUUUUCUUGAUGAGCAAGCUGAAAAGCACGAUAUCAAAGAUGAAGAUACUAUCCACAUCUGGAAAACAAACAGCUUGCCACUUAGGUUUUGGGUAAACAUAUUGAAAAACCCCCAUUUCAUCUUCGACGUUCAUGUUCAUGAAGUAGUGGAUGCUUCCUUGUCAGUCAUUGCACAGACUUUCAUGGAUGCUUGCACAAGAACAGAGCACAAAUUAAGCAGGGACUCUCCAAGUAACAAGUUACUUUAUGCAAAAGAGAUCUCUACAUAUAAGAAGAUGGUAGAAGAUUAUUACAAAGGUAUUCGCCAAAUGGUACAAGUGAGUGACCAGGACAUGAACACACAUUUAGCAGAAAUCUCUAGGGCACACACAGACUCAUUAAACACCCUUGUGGCUUUACACCAGCUCUACCAGUAUACUAACAAAUACUAUGAUGAGAUCAUAAAUGCACUAGAAGAGGACCCAGCUGCACAAAAAAUGCAGCUUGCUUUUCGAUUACAACAGAUAGCAGCUGCUUUAGAGAAUAAAGUGACUGACCUUUGAUUUUGAAAGCUGCAAUAAAGAAGUCUGAUCUGAAGAUGUGUAAAUUCAUUCUUCCUAAUAAGGAAAUAGUGUUCUAUUUUUUAAUGUGUAAUUACAACUUUAAAUGAAACACAAAAGAUUUCUUUUUUUAUAGCAAAGCUGUAAUGUAAAGAGUUUUUACUGUAAAUUAUGCUCCUAAUUAAAACUUUGUGUUCUGUGUAAAUGAAUUUCCAGUGGGAAAUGAGGGAAGUCCUUAAGGGUGGGGUGGGUAAAGUUAUAUCUCAUUUAAUCAAAUAGUACAAUCUUGAAACAUCAGCAUUUUUAGAAUUCAUUAUGCUAGUAAAUUCACUACCUAUAGCAUUCUUUAUACUUUAAGCAAUAUUUGUACUAGAAAAGUGAUAGCAUACUGGGAAAAAAUAAAUGCAAUAUCCCCAUUUUAAUUUUAAUAAUUGGAAAUAGAUUUUUCUACUUUUUGAAAAAUCCUGUUGUCUGUAUUUUGCUCAUAAUGAGUAGAAUAGAAGACACAUUUGCUAUGACUUUUCUGUUUUAAGACACUGCAGUGGAUUUUGGUACCAUGCAUCUUUUACUUACACAAAGUGAGGUUUAUCUACGUGAAGUGCUAAAACUAUGGUUAUGACUGCUGCUCUCAAGCCUGCUUUACCUGGGCCAAAGCAGACGAUACUGUAAAUUAAUUGGGAUGGCCCUAGCCUUUCUCUUGAAAGAUGCACAUUCCCUAAGAAUAUGAAUUUUUAACAAUCACAUGAAUGUGCUUCAACACAAAGUCCCAAAACUGGGAGCAUGUAAGGCACUUAAGGUCUUCAACAUGUUGUUAAAGUAAGAUCAGGUACCUCCAGAUAGCCAAAGUUGGUCCAGUCUGCCACGGGCCCUAUGGCAACUGGGAAUGGACAAACUUCUCUUUCCUCAUUUCAGAGAAUAGAUUGUUCAUGCCUGCCCUUAGCACUGUUGCUGCCACACAGGUUACAAUGUACACUGAGGGGAGAAGUACCCUGGGGAGUCUGUAUUCAGCCAAAGCAAGGUCAGGUUUGGCUAAAUAAAUGCACCAUGGGAUAGGCAGAGCUGCUUUAGUAACAGUGGCAGAAUGAUCGCAAAAGUCUGUUAUCCAAGAACCAUAAAUGUCUGCAUUCUUCUGAAGAGAAGACAGUCUCUGAUCCCUGGUGAAAAGCAGUAGUAAAUCUGAUUAGAAAUUGUGACAAGUCAAAUUGGCCUUCCUUUUUCUUUUCUUUUUUUUAAAUUGUUUUAUUACAUAUGCUAAUGUGCCUUACUUGUACUAAUUAUGUGGAUCUGAAUGGUUUUGUAAAGAGAAUCAUAUCAAAAAUAUUUAUGUGUGGUUUGAUGACUUUUGUGAGAAAAUUGACCAGCAGAAUGCCUGUAAUUAGCUUUUUGCCAAUAAUGUGCUGUUUGACAUGAUUCAAGUAUGUAUAUCUUUUGUUGGAAUGGCUCAUAGGAUUUUUUAAAUUAAUCUUUCCACUAUCCUAGAAAGAUAACUAUUGGGUUGUUGUUGUUUUUUUCAAAACAAGAAACAAAAAACCUGUUUCCAUAAUGUAAAAUACUCAUUGUAAGAAAAUCCCAUGUCCCUUCUAACAUAAAACACCACUUGAGCCUUGGAAUGCUGCAAUGGAUGGAAUAAGCAUCAUUAACUUUGCUGUGGAAAUUAAGUAAUUUGUCAAAGAUGUAAUGUGUGUUUACAAUAUUAGUCAGCUUCCAGGAAAUUUGAUAAAGCUUGGUACGUUAUCUUAUAUUGCUAUGUUGCACACACACACACAAAGCAAUCUCUGUUUCAUUCAUUUCUCACCAUAGUUCUUUGGCAGCUCAGUAGCAUUUUUCCUGUAGCACUGCCAUCAACACUCAUUAACUUUUCGUGUUGCUGUUGCAAUCCUGUCCUGUGACACCUUAAACUUGCUUGGCUCCUAACACAGUAAUAGGGCUUCAUUUGCUACCUCUCCCUGAACAGGAGUUAAUCUAAACGUUUGUCCUGAUGUUUCAUCCUCAAAUGUAUUAGUAGUCGUUUCUUCAUUUCUAUGGAGUGAGUCACUAGCAGUGUAAGACUGAUGGCAAAAUGCAUUGGUUACAGUGAAAAUUGUGAGUUAUCAUAGAAGUAUAGGGGGAGAGAAACAGGGUGUCACUUUUCCUGCCUUUUCUUUCAUAAUGCUUUUUUGCUUUCCUCUGCAUACACAUCUCCACACUCCUGGAAUGUAAGUAACUACAAAUUGUUUGGAGAAGUUUACCUAAGAAUUCUGUGUCAAACUAAGCUUCUGUACUUGCCUUCUGUCUGUUCAACAAAGAUAUCCAAACCUGCUAAUUGGUUUUAUUUUGUCAUUGUUUUGUAAAUCCUGUUAAUUGUAAAUCAAAUACAGUUUUUUUUUCCACAAAA